CUCCCACACCACCUGUACUACUAUAUCCAUCAACCAUAUGAACCCGAGUUCGGACCGGCUAGGCUGUUAUAUAUUCUCCUCUCACAUCUGUUAUUGUCCUGAGACUUGACAUUCCGGAGUGGAGACCCCCCUAGAUGAUGGGUGUUUCAAAUCCAACCGACACCAUGGAUGGCAUCGAAUGCUCUGCAAUUUAUAUCGACCACCGUGUCCGAUCAGAACGCUGGGUGUAUCAAGGUACUCCGGAGGCACCGGCAGGCGCGGAGUCGGAUUCGGGAACAAUCGAGGAACCGGAAUCGUUGUCGGCCGACAUUCAAGUUCUGUUAGGAGUUUGUAAACGCAUCUAUCUCUGUCAGGUCGGCACCGCUAUCGCAAACAAGUUAGCAGAGAUAAGCGACGGGGCUCAGAGUCGCUGCACACCUAUCUUCGUUUUCUUCGACAUUGAUAUACACGGCGAGGAGGCCGCUCUGCAGCGCCGCCGAGCGAGCCGUGGUUCGUGGCCCGAUGUAUCGCCUCCGUCGCCGGCGUCCCUGCGUCGCGGUUUUACAUUCACCUCACAAUGGGAAGGGGCGUACGACCUGAAGUUGCUGUCAGGGUUGUCCGCGGACAUCCAGGUUCAAGAUGGCCCCAACGUGAUCGUUCCGGUCGCUGUUCUGCGCCCUCCCUUCGCCGACCCCACUAGCGCCUCCCCGGCCGACCAACCCCGUAUUCCGUCUUUCCCGGAUCCUCAGCAUAUCUCCAAGUGCCUGGAUGCUGGUGCCGUGGACGUGUUAGUAACCCCGUUGGAUAGCUGUAGAGCUCAAGCUCUGGUUGUCCAGGCGUACCGGACUCGUAAAACGGCUCUCCGGGAACAGUCGCGCUUCCUCUCCCGAAAGAAAUUGCGGAAACACUCGUGGGUGGGCGUCAAUGACGAGCAGCCCUAUGCGUAUCUUCGAGAAGCCAUGGUCUCCAAGCUCAUGCGAGGCAUCUGCAAUCCCGAAGAGGUUAUUGAGGAGUUCCAGGACCGGGAACUGGACGUUCGUCCGGACCGCGCGGAUUUUGUAAGAGAACACAUUGCACAAUGGGGUUUUACCGCCCAUGAGUUUUCGGACGAUGAAUUGGUCUUGGCUGCAUUCGAAAUGCUGCAGCAUGCUUUGCAGUACCCGGAACUGGAGCAGUGGCAGCUGACACCAGGUAAGUAAAUUGCCGCAUAAAUUGGUUUAGUGUAGGUCAACUGACGAC